AUGACUCAAACCUGCAGUCUCCUCGGUGCAGUCGACGGCUACCGGAACCCUUCACGCAACGGGGCCGGCUAUACUCCAUUCGUAAUUUCUCCUUUCAGACUGAUAAGCAGCGCGCGCCGCGACGGAUCGCUGAUGAGCCUCGCGAUGGAGCGCAACUUGGCGAACGUGGUUGGCGCGUUUCUGGCGCGCGGGCUGCUGGAGCGGGUGGCACGGCGCGCGGGGUGGGGCUCGGCGGCGGGGGGCGUGGGCGUGAACGAGGCGGACGCGAGCGGGCUGGCGCCGCUGCACCACGCGGCCAUGCGCGGCCACGCGCGGCUCGCUGCGUUGCUGUUGGCGCGCGGCGCUGACGUCCAUGCCCUGACCUCCGUGCGCAAGACGCCGCUGCACCUGGCGGCGCUGGGCGGGCACCGCAGGCUGUGCCGCAUGCUCAUUCAGGCGAAGGCGAAAGUGAACGCGUGCGACGAGCGAGGGCAGCGCCCGCUGCACGAGGCGGCGCGCGGGGGCCACGAGGCCGUGUGCGAGUUGCUGGAGGAGGCGGGCGCGGACGUGCGAGCGGCCGACGCCCGCGGGCUCACGGCGCUGCACGCGGCGGCGGGCGCGUGCGAGUGCGGCGUGUGCGAGGUGCUGCUGCGACGCGGCGCCGACCCCAACGCACGGGACGCGCACGGCCGCACGCCCCUGCACCACGCGGUGCACGGCACGAGGCAGGAAGACCCGCUCCGCUGCGACUUCGAGGCAAGCAGCGACGCGGAGUCGCUGCAGUGGCAGGAGACGCUGCUGGCGCGCCAGGCCGUGUGCCAGCUGCUGGCGCGCUCG